AUGACCAUCCCAGAUGAAGUCGACAUCAUUGUCUGCGGUGGUGGCAGCACCGGCUGUGUCAUCGCCGGUCGUCUUGCCAAUCUGGAUCGUAACCUCCAGGUUCUGUUGAUUGAGGCUGGUGAGGACAACCUGAACAACCCAUGGGUCUACCGUCCGGGCAUCUAUCCCCGGAACAUGAAGCUCGAUUCGAAGACUGCUUCGUUCUACUAUUCCCGCCCCUCAGAAUGGCUGGAUGGACGUCGAGCUGUCGUGCCCUGCGCCCAUAUCCUUGGAGGAGGUAGCUCAAUCAACUUCAUGAUGUACACCCGAGCCUCUGCUUCUGAUUACGAUGACUUCCAGGCCAAGGGCUGGACGACUGACGAGCUGCUCCCUCUGAUGAAGAAGCAUGAGACGUACCAGCGAGCCUGCAACAACCGGGAUGUCCAUGGCUUCGAAGGGCCCAUCAAGGUCUCGUUUGGGAACCACACGUAUCCCAUCAUGCAGGACUUCCUUCGUGCUGCGGAGUCGCAGGACAUUCCCAUCACCGACGACCUGCAGGACCUGAAGACGGGCCACGGCGCCGAGCACUGGUUGAAAUGGAUCAACCGUGACACCGGCCGCCGAAGUGACUCUGCCCAUGCGUACGUCCACAGCACGCGGGCCAAGUACUCCAACCUUCAUCUCAAGUGCAACACCAAGAUCGACAAAGUGAUCAUCGAGAACGGCCGGGCCGUCGGGGUCGCAACGGUGCCAACCAAGCCCUUGGAUGGCCGUGAUCCCCCACGCCGGAUCUUCCGGGCUCGCAAGCAGAUCAUCGUCAGCGGCGGCACUCUCAGCUCGCCCCUGAUCCUGCAACGAUCGGGCGUUGGCGACCCCGAGAAGCUCCGUCGGGCUGGUGUGCAGCCUUUGGUGAACCUGCCCGGCGUGGGCCGGAACUUCCAGGACCACUACCUGACCUUCUCGGUCUACCGCGCCAAACCCGACGUCGACUCGUUCGAUGACUUCGUCCGCGGCGACCCUGAAGUGCAGAAGAAGGUCUUCGACGAGUGGAACAUCAAGGGCACCGGCCCUCUGGCGACGAAUGGCAUCGAUGCCGGGGUGAAGAUCCGGCCGACGUCUGAGGAACUCGAGGAGAUGAAGACCUGGCCCACCAAUGACUUCUACCAGGGCUGGGAGAGUUACUUCAAGAACAAGCCUGACAAGCCGGUGAUGCACUACUCCGUCAUUGCCGGCUGGUUCGGCGACCACAUGCUGAUGCCCCCGGGCAAGUUCUUCACCAUGUUCCACUUCCUCGAAUACCCCUUCUCCCGCGGCUCCACGCACAUCCAGUCCGCGGACCCGUACGAAACGCCCGACUUCGACGCGGGCUUCAUGAACGACAAGCGCGACAUGGCGCCCAUGGUGUGGGGGUACAUCAAGUCGCGGGAGACGGCGCGGCGCAUGAAUGCGUACGCGGGCGAGGUGACGGGAAUGCACCCGCACUUUACGUACGACUCGCCCGUCCGCGCCUUCGAUCUCGACCUGCCCACCACCAAAGCCUACGCCGGUCCAAACCAUCUCUCCGCUGGGAUUCAACACGGCUCCUGGUCCUCCCCCCUCCAACCCGGUGCCUCUCCAGCCUCUACUGCCCUCAACUCCAACCAGCAGGAAAUCCGCGAGUCGCUGAAGUACAGUAAGGCCGAUAUCGAACAUAUCGAGAAAUGGGUCCAACGCCACGUCGAAACAACCUGGCACUCCCUCGGAACAUGCAGCAUGGCGCCCCGAAACGGCAACUCCAUCGCACCGCUGGGCGGCGUGGUCGACGAGCGUCUUAACGUCCACGGCGUCGAGGGGCUGAAAGUUGCGGAUCUGUCGAUUUGUCCGGAUAAUGUGGGGUGUAAUACUUAUAGUACCGCGCUCCUCAUCGGCGAGAAAUGUGCUGUCCUGACGGCCGAGGAUCUGGGGUAUUCGGGCAAGGCGCUGGAUAUGAAGGUUCCCGAGUAUCAUGCGCCUGGGGAGGUGACGUGGCUUUCCAGGCUGUGAAUAUGACACGGUAUGAUACAACAUAACAUCACAUAAGAUAAGGGAGGUAGGGAAGGUAGAUAGGGGGGAGAUUGACAUGUCGGUAUGUGUGGUGGGUGGGUAUAUUGGUGCAAAUAGCUUAGGUAGUAG